CUGGGGCUCCCCCGGCUCCUCCGGCCGUGGCGGGUCCGGCGGCGGCCCCCCGCGCCCUCCGCUCGGAGUUGAUCCCGGGCCGGUCCCGCGGCUGGGUGUGCGGCCGUGGUCCAGGUCUGUGUCCCGGGCCGGGCCAGGGCCGCCAAGUAGGAAGAAACCCCACGAGGAGCGGCGAAGACGUCGAGGCCGGGCCGGUGGGCUUGGGGAAGGUGGAGGCCUGGGGCGAUGGCCCCCCUGUGCCCCAGCCCCCCGGGGCUGCCGCUGCCGCUGCUGCUGCUGCUGCUGCUGCCGCCCCCGCUGCCGGAGGCCGGGCGGGCGGCGGGCAGCGCCAAGACCCGGGUGUGCCAGGAGAUCACCGUGCCCAUGUGCCGCGGCGUCGGCUACAACCUGACUCACAUGCCCAACCAGUUCAACCACGACACGCAGGACGAGGCCGGGCUGGAGGUGCACCAGUUCUGGCCCCUGGUAGAGAUCCAGUGCUCCCCGGACCUGCGCUUCUUCCUGUGCAGCAUGUACACGCCCAUCUGCCUGCCGGACUACGCCAAGCCCCUGCCGCCCUGCCGGGCCGUGUGCCAGCGCGCCCAGGCCGGCUGCUCGCCCCUCAUGCGGCAGUACGGCUUCGCCUGGCCCGAGCGGAUGAGCUGCGAGCGGCUGCCCGUGCCGGGCGACGCCGACAGCCUGUGCAUGGACUACAACCGCAGCGAGGCCACGGCCGCCCCGCCGGCCCCCGCGCCCGCGGCCCCGCGGCCCGGCCCCCGCGGCCCGCCGCCCGGCCGGGAGCCCUGCGGGGCCUGCCGCUGCCGCGAGCCCUUCGUGCCCAUCGACCGGGAGUCCCACCCCCUGUUCAACAAGGUGAGCACCGGGCGGGUCCCCAACUGCGCCAUGCCCUGCCACCAGCCCGCCUUCAGCCCCGACGAGCGUGCCUUCACCAGCUUCUGGCUGGGGCUCUGGUCCGUGCUCUGCUUCUUCUCCACGGCCACCACCGUGGCCACCUUCCUCAUCGACAUGGACCGGUUCCGCUACCCCGAGCGCCCCAUCAUCUUCCUGGCCGCCUGCUACCUCUUCGUCUCCCUGGGCUUCCUGGUCCGGCUGGCCGCCGGCCACGCCAGCGUGGCCUGCAGCCGGGACCACAGCCACGUCCGCUACGAGACCACGGGCCCGGCGCUGUGCACCGCGGUCUUCCUGCUCGUCUACUUCUUCGGCAUGGCCAGCUCCAUCUGGUGGGUCAUCCUCUCGCUCACCUGGUUCCUGGCGGCCGGCAUGAAGUGGGGCAACGAGGCCAUCGCCGGCUACUCCCAGUACUUCCACCUGGCCGCCUGGCUCGUCCCCAGCGUCCAGUCGGUCGCCGUGCUGGCCCUGAGCGCCGUGGACGGGGACCCGGUGGCCGGCAUCUGCUACGUGGGCAACCAGAACCUGGACUACCUGCGGGGCUUCGUGCUGGCCCCGCUGGUGGUCUACCUGCUGACGGGCACCCUGUUCCUGCUGGCCGGCUUCGUCUCGCUCUUCCGCAUCCGCAGCGUCAUCAAGCAGGGGGGCACCAAGACGGACAAGCUGGAGAAGCUGAUGAUCCGCAUCGGGGUCUUCACGGUGCUGUACACGGUGCCGGCGGGCGCGGUGGUGGCCUGCUACCUGUACGAGCAGCACCAGCGCGAGGGCUGGGAGCGGGCCCUCACCUGCGCCUGCUCGGGCCCGCCGCGCACCAAGCCCGACUACGCCGUCUUCAUGCUCAAGUACUUCAUGUGUCUCGUGGUGGGCAUCACCUCGGGCGUCUGGAUCUGGUCCGGCAAGACCGUGGACUCGUGGCGCCGCUUGGCCGGCCGCUGGCGCUGCCGCCCCCGGCCCGGCCCCAAGGCCGGAGGCCCGGCCGCGGUGGCGGCGGCGGCGGUGGCGGCGGCCGAGGGCGCCGAGGCGCGGGCCCCGCUGGCGGGGGCGGUCGGGGUGGCCGGCCCCCCCGGGGCCUCCUACCACAAGCAAGUGCCCCUGUCGCACGCGUGA